CAGACGCCAAAACCUCGCGCGCCGAUUGAACCGCGUUGUUUUCACGCCCAAAUCCAAAUAACUCCCACCCAAAAAAAAAAAAAAAAACCUAAUUCUCUGUCUUCUUCUCUUCGCUUCUCCUCUCUCAAGCGGUCGCAGCUGAAUCGAUCGCCGAUUGUCCAAGUCCAAGCAUGGGGAAGAGAGCGAAGCGACCAGCGAGCCAGCGAGGCGACGCCCAGUCGUCUUCUCAGCAGCAGCAGCAAUCCACCAAGACGACGACCGGCCGGGCGAACAAGCGCGUCAAGGCCGCGAAGCCGGAGGCCGAGCCCGAGUUCUUCGAGGAUAAGCGCAACUUGGAAGAUUUGUGGAAAGCUGUCUUUCCUGUGGGAACAGAGUGGGAUCAGUUGGACACAGUCUACCAAAUGAAUUGGGAUUUCUCUAAUCUUGAAAACGCUUUUGAGGAGGGUGGGAAGCUGUACGGCAACAAAGUUUAUCUCUUUGGAUGUACAGAACCUCAGCUGGUCCAUUAUAAGGGCGACUCCAAGAUUAUGUAUAUCCCUGUUGUUGUGGCUGUUGUAUCUCCUUUUCCACCAUCUGAUAAAAUUGGAAUUAAGUCGGUUCAAAGGGAGUCUGAAGAAAUAAUUCCAAUGAAGCAGAUGAAAAUGGAUUGGGUCCCGUAUAUUCCUUUGGAGAAUAGAGGCAGCCAAGUUGAUAGGUUGAAAUCUCAAAUAUUUAUUCUGAGCUGCACGCAGCGAAGGGCUGCUUUGAAGCAUUUGAAGAUAGACCGGGUUAAGAAAUAUGAGUACUGCCUACCUUAUUUUUAUCAGCCAUUCAAGGAGGAUCAGUUUGAGCAGAGUACUGAGGUUACAAUUAUGUAUCCAGUAGAACCACCGGUUGUUUGUGAAUUUGACUGGGAGAUCGAUACACUUGAGCUAAGCACGGGAGAACCUAUAUUUGAUUUGUUCAAACAUUGUUUUCAGGAAUUUACUGAUGAUCUCAUCAAAGGGGGGGAUCUGACCGAAGAUCAAAAGGAUGAUUUCAAGGAGCAUGUGAAGAAGACAGUUAGAGAGGCAAAGAAAGCUAAUAGAGAGGCAAGGGAAGCUCGCAGAAAGGCCCUUGAAGAAAUGAGUGAGGAAACUAAGUCCGCAUUCCAAUCUAUGAAGUUCUAUAAAUUUUAUCCUGUGCAAACACCAGAUACCCCGGAUAUAUCAAAAUCUAAGGUUCCUUUCAUAAACAGAUACUAUGGAAAAGCGCAUGAAGUUCUCUGAUGCUGUCUAUCUGCAAAAGUGGGGAUCUGGCCUGGAGACUUUCUGCAUCUCAGUUUGCUGCUUAGCAGUAAAAUAGCGAGUUGCUCGAUAAUUCUCAUGCACCAGUUGAGGUGGCAGCGCCUUGUGCACUACUCUUUUUGAUCAGCAGAGUAGUUGUCUGAUGGUGGGACGAGAUUGUAUUUCUUAGUUGCCAUUAGAUCUUCAUUUAUUUACAUUUUUUUUUUGGCAGAAAUCUUUAGUUUCUCUUAGUUCCCAGAGGAGUAGCUUGUAACAUGUAUCUCUGAGGCCUAUGUACUUCUGAAGAACAGGGAGCUUUAGGAAAUUCAAAUCUUUCAUUUUGGUGUU